AUGUCUAAAGCAAAUCCGGAAAAUGUUGCCGCUUUAAAUUCGGAACAACGAGCAACAAUGAAUUCAAUCUCUUCAAAUGAAAAAUCGGAAAAUCAAACAAUGCCCACUACGGGAAGAGACUCCGGGUACGGCACAUCUGCGGUUAAUCCCAAAGAGUCACUUGACCAAGAUAAUGAAGACUUGAAAACAUUACAAAAGGAAGCUGAUGAACAACUUGAAAGUAAAUCUAAAAAGGAUUUGAUCUUUGUGUCAAUAUGCUGCCUUAUGGUUUCAUUUGGUGGGUUCAUAUUUGGUUGGGAUACAGGUACUAUAUCAGGGUUUGUUAACCAAACUGAUUAUGUUAGAAGGUUUGGACAAACAAGAUCAAAUGGUUCCCAUUAUUUAAGUAAUGUAAGAAUGGGGUUGCUAGUCUCUAUUUUCAAUGUUGGCGCUGCUAUUGGUGGUGUAAUGUUAGCAAGAACAGGUGAUAUGUGGGGCAGAAGAUUAGGGUUGAUAACAGUGGUUUCAAUAUAUACUGUAGGUAUUGUUAUUCAAAUUGCUUCAAUUGAUAAAUGGUUUCAGUAUUUUAUUGGAAGAAUCAUUUCAGGGUUAGGUGUUGGUGGUAUUGCCGUUUUAGCCCCCAUGUUAAUUUCAGAGGUUGCACCUAAACAAUUGAGAGGUACAUUAGUAUCAUGUUAUCAAUUGAUGAUCACAUUAGGUAUCUUUUUAGGAUACUGUUCCAAUUUUGGUACCAAGAAUUAUUCCAAUUCUGUACAAUGGAGAGUUCCAUUAGGUUUAUCUUUUGCAUGGGCCCUUUUCAUGAUUGGAGGUAUGCUUAUGGUUCCUGAAUCUCCCAGGUAUUUAGUCGAAGUGGGUCGGUUGGAAGAUGCAAAAAGGUCACUUUCAAAAACAAAUAAAGUUGAGGUAAAUUCUCCCUUUGUUACACUAGAAAUGGAGAAAUUUGAAGCAUCAGUCGAAGCUGAACGGUUGGCUGGUACUGCAAAUUGGAACGAAUUAGUUACAGGUAGACCAGCCAUGUUCAAGCGUACAGUUAUGGGUAUGAUGAUCCAAUCCCUGCAACAAUUAACAGGUGCAAAUUAUUUCUUUUAUUACGGUACAACUAUUUUUAGAGCAGUUGGGUUAGAAGAUUCCUUUGAAACAUCAAUCGUCUUAGGGGUUGUCAAUUUUGUGUCUACAUUCUUUGCUCUAUAUUUUGUUGAUCAUUAUGGUCGUCGUACCUGCUUACUUUGGGGGUGUGUUGGGAUGAUUUGCUGCUACGUGGUUUAUGCAUCAGUUGGUGUAACAAGAUUAUGGCCUAAUGGUCAAUCCCAACCAUCUUCAAAAGGUGCAGGUAAUUGUAUGAUUGUCUUCGCCUGUUUCUUUAUAUUCUGUUUCGCCACUACUUGGGCCCCAAUUGCAUAUGUUGUCACAUCUGAAAUUUAUCCAUUGAGAGUAAGAGGGAAAGCUAUAUCAGUGGCUACUGCAUGUAACUGUAUGUGGGGUUUCUUAAUUAGUUUCUUUACGCCAUUCAUUACGGGUGCAAUCAAUUUCUAUUAUGGUUAUGUUUUUAUGGGUUGUAUGGUUUUUGCUUAUUUCUUCGUUUUCUUCCUUGUUCCAGAAACAAAGGGAUUAACUCUAGAAGAAGUUAAUGAAAUGUAUGAAGAGGGUGUAUUGCCUUGGAAGUCGGCAUCCUGGGUUCCUCCCUCUAGGAGAGACGUGGAUUAUAAUGUUGAAGAAUUGAAGACCGAUGACCGACCAGCAUACAAAAAGAUAUUUUCAAAGAAUCAAUCAGGGAAUGAAGGUAAACCAGCAUUUUAUAAAAACAUAUUUUCAAGAAACAAGUAG